AUGACAUCCGACACGCCACACGGCGCCGGCGUCGGCCACAGCCGGGUCCAGAGCGACUCGCCGCUGUUGGGCGGCAGCCCUGCUGCAACACCUGUCGCUUCAGCAGGAUUCCGUGCCCGCAUCGGCUUGGCCGGCGUGGCGCGUCGGACUCUCGGCAUCAGCAUGCUCAUGGUCACUGUUUUUCUCUGGACUGCCUCCAACUUUUUGGCAAGCUUCAUCUUCUCCGACAGUACAUAUAGCAAGCCGUUCUUCAUGGUCUACCUCAACACGUCCGUCUUUGCCCUCUCGCUCAUCCCCAUGGGCCUCUCCUUUUUGCGGACACACGGCGCCCGCCACACGAGGUGGGCCCUCUACAAUCUGUUGGCCGAGCUGCGGGAGGACGUGCGCGACCAGGUGUCAUCUCUAGCGCGGCGGGGCUGGACGUCUGGGCGCCGAGGGGAGGAGGAUGACGCCGCGAACAAGCUGCUCGAGGACGGCGAGGGCGUCGACGGCAGCGUGCGCCGACGGCACCGGGGCGCGUCCAAUGCGGGCCUGCUCCGUGGCGAGGGCGAAGGCGAAGGCGAGGGCGGCUACGACAGCGGCUGUGAGAACGACUCCGACUCCGACCUCGAGGCCGCGGCCGGUGCGGAGCCCGAGGCCCCGCCACCGGGCAUGACCGCCAGCAUGAUUCUGGCCGCCGGCGGCCGCUACGACAAGCUGACCGUCCGCCAGACCACCUGGCUCAGCCUCGAGUUCAGCAUGCUGUGGUUCUCCGCCAACUACCUUGCCGUCGCCUGCCUCGAGCACACGAGCGUCGCCAGCGCCACCAUCUUCACCUCCCUCAGCAGCAUGUUCACGCUGCUCUUUUGCGCCGUCUCGGGCGUCGAGGCCUUCACGCUGCGCAAGCUCGUUGGCGUCGUCGCGUCCGUCGUCGGCAUCGCGCUCGUGUCGUCCAUCGAUCUGUCGGGCAAGAGCGACGAGAACCGCGGCCAGUUCCCGCACAAGUCGCCCGCCGAGAUCGCCGCCGGCGACGCCAUGGCCCUGCUGAGCGCCGUCGUCUACGGCGCCUACGUGACCGUCAUGAAGCAGCGCGUCGGCCACGAAGACCGCGUCAGCAUGCCGCUCUUUUUCGGCCUCGUGGGCCUGUUCAAUGUCGUGCUCCUGUGGCCCGGCUUCGUCCUCCUGCAUCUGACCGGUGUCGAGCCGUUCGAGCCGCCUCCGACCAACCAGGUCUGGGCCAUCAUCCUGCUCAACUCGCUGUCAUCCUUUGCCAGCGACCUGUCCUGGGCGUACGCCAUGCUGCUGACGACGCCGCUCGUCGUGACGGUCGGCCUGUCGCUGACCAUCCCGCUGUCCCUGGUCGGCGAGAUGAUCCAGUACAGCAAGUACUCGAGCGGCCUGUACUGGGUGGGCGCCUUCGUUGUCGUGCUCUCCUUUUUGUUUGUCAACCACGAGAGCCACGAGCCGGACGAGAGCCUUCUCGAGGAGGAUCCAGCCACACGUUAA